CCGCAUCUCGUUUCAGAUCUGGGAUCACUGAUCCGAUGAUAUCACAGGGUAUUUCCGAAUCACGAAUUCCAAACAUGAUUCGUCACUUGGAAAACCCUUUGGAAAUUUGACUGAUUUGACUUCGGCAAUAUAAGGAUCAUAAGGAUGAAGGAUAAAUGGGACGAGCGAAUUACAACGUAAACUAUCCUGGCGGUUUUUCUUGGUCUUCCUGGGCAAUUUCAACUCCAGUUUUGGAUAUUUCUUCCAUGUGAUAAGAGUUAUCAUUUUCUCCACAAUGUUCUUCAAGGAUCUUCUUAAGAGCCCAACAAUUUCCUGAAAGACCCAGGAGAACAGAAAAAAAUCCAUUUUCUUCAAGGAAGAUUGAAGUUUAAUGGUCUGGUUUUCAAAAAAGACUCCACUCAUCGUAUUGACGAAAAAAAUCGAAAGUAGCAAGGUAAAAAAUUAAAAGUGGAAGAAGCUAACAAGAUGGACUUUAAAUUCGAAAUAAAUCUCCAGAAGAUCUGCCUUGUCAAAGUCGCCUCCUCUCUCUGGGAAAAUAAAGACGUAAAGCAAAAGAUCGAAUUAUUUUUACAAAAAACCUACAAAAACUCGGAAAUUGUGGAAGAACAAAAUAUUCUUCAUUGGAAUAAACUAUUGAAAGAUGUAUUGAGUCAUAUCAACAAUUUGCCACUACCAAACAAAUUCAGCAACAAAUUAAGACACAUUACGAGAUCCAUGGGACUGAAAAUAUAUUCCUGGAUAAAGUACAUCACAAAGGUACUAUUUUUGGAUUCAGUUUGCAUCGAAGAUUUAUCCUGGACCCAAUAUGGGUCUUUGGACAAAAUCAAGAUAUUCAAAAACUGGGUUGAGAAGAAAAGAUUAGAAACAACUCAGCUCUUCAACAUUGCCUGUUUCUUCUAUCUGAAAGAUUCCGUUCCUAGUUUGUGGAGUGAAAUUCCCGAAAUUGUUAGAAAAAAUGAAUUUUAUUCAAAUUUCAUAUACAAAAUGGAAAAAUUUAGUCACAUUGCUUAUUGGAAAAAUAUCCUGGAGGACAAUACGAACAAGUAUUUUGAAACUUCGGCGGUUAAAGUAAAGGAAGAAAUUGGAGAAGCAUCUCGAAAUCUGCCAGUCGUUGGAAACACUGAAGGAUUUGAAUCCUAUCAUUUAUCUUUCCUCCUCGGCAUGUUUGUGAGUCGUAAUCCUUAUGCGGAUGGUUUUGAGGAAAACAUGUUUGAGUUAUCAUUAAUUAAGGGUCAGGAAUUUGCAGUGCAAUAUUUUUGGAAUAGAUUAGACGAUGAAUUUGGCAAGAGGAUAUUGAAUUACGUAAGAUACCUCUAUCGAAAGCAAUUUCUACCCGAGUAUACAGACACAAUUAUUUUUCUGGUCACUAAAAUGUUGAUGAGAGAAAGCUUUGAAUUUUCGAUGGAAGAAUCUUUUGGACUUUCAGUUUUGUUGAGUAAUCAUCCCUGGGAUGAAUUUUUCUUGCCCCUUUUAGAUAAAAUAUGUGAAUUGUAUCCACCUUUGGUUUAUUAUGGCGAUGAGUACAGAUUUGAUUUUUUGCGAUUGUUUGAUAGAAUUGUGGAAUUGAUGCACCACGAAUUUGAGUUGAAUGGCACUGUUGAAAAUAGUGUUUAUCAGAAUUUUUUCCUUGAAACUUGGAAACGAAUUCCCGAUUGGGCUAAAUUUUUGGAUGAUGAUUCGUGGAAUGUUAAGUUUAACGAGAUUUUGUCAAAACUGCUGCUAAUAGAGGAUACUGAGAGUCUGAAGUUUAUUAUUAAUGGUGAGGAAUUUCAUGGAGAACGCUGUGCGAGAUUGAAUAACGUUUUAUGGGCUUAUCUGGGAAAUUCUCGGAUUUUUUUAAUUUUAACUGAUCGUCAAAUUGUGUUACUAAGCAGACUUUUGGACGAAAUUGAACUUGAAGAAGAAGAAAGAUCGAGAUUGAAAGCAACGUAUUGUAAAAGCUGCUUAUUCAGGUUCUAAUUCGGAUUUGUAAAUAUUGUUUCUAUUUUUAGGAAGUUCGAAAUAACAAUCAUUGGAAUAUUCUGAAAUAUUUGGUCCUUUAUGUACAUAUAUGUAAAAUUAUUUCAAAUAAUAAAUUUGUUGAAAUAAAA